CCCGCCCCUCCGCCCUUAGCCGCUGGGGUCCCUAGCGGCUCGCGCGCGCGCAGCGAUGGCGGAGGCGGUGGAGCGCACCGACGAGCUGGUCCGGGAGUACUUGCUCUUCCGUGGGUUCACGCAUACACUGCGGCAGCUGGAUGCGGAGAUCAAGGCGGACAAAGAGAAGGGCUUCAGGGUGGACAAGAUUGUGGACCAGUUGCAGCAGCUGAUGCAGGUGUAUGACUUGGCUGCCCUUCGGGAUUAUUGGAGCUACCUGGAGCGCAGGCUCUUCAGCCGUUUGGAGGACAUAUAUCGACCCACCAUCAACAAACUGAAAACCAGCCUGUUCCGCUUUUAUCUUGUCUACACGAUCCAGACAAACAGAAAUGACAAGGCACAGGAAUUCUUUGCCAAGCAGGCCGCGGAACUCCAGAACCAGGCUGAAUGGAAGGAUUGGUUUCUUCUGCCCUUCUUGCCGUCUCCGGACACCAACCCUACCUUUGCUACCUACUUUUCUCGACAGUGGGCUGACACUUUCAUUGUCUCUCUGCACAACUUCCUGAGCGUCCUCUUCCAGUGUAUGCCUGUCCCUGUGAUCCUAAACUUCGAUGCUGAGUGCCAGAGGACCAACCAGGUUCAAGAAGAAAAUGAAGUUCUGCGUCAGAAGCUUUUUGCAUUGCAAGCUGAAAUCCAUCGGCUCAAGAAGGAAGAGCAGCAGCAGGAAGAGGAAGAGGCCUUGGUCCAACACAAACUCCCACCUUAUGUCUCCAGUAUGGACCGCCUUGGGGACUCGGAGCUAGCCAUGGUGUGCAGCCAGAGGACUGCCUCCCUCUCCCAGUCACCUCGAGUGGGCUUCCUGUCCUCACUGCUGCCUCAGAGUAAGAAGAGCCCUUCAAGGCUGUCACCUGCCCAAGGCCCCCCUCAGACUCAGAGCUCAGCCAAGAAAGACUCCCUCAGCAGUCAGGCUUCCAAGGGCAAGGACCCAGUGCCCGGGGCCAAGGAUGGGAAGAGCCUUCUGAGCGGGCCAGCACCUGGGGAGGCCAGCUGGACACAUCAGCGCCAACGGCGUCUGCAGGACCAUGGCAAGGAGAGGAGGGAGCUGCUCUCCACCUCCUCCUCCCAGUGCACAGAGAAGAAGCCGGAAGGCAGUGGCCCAGAAGCUGAGCCCUGCCUGGAACUCCACACAGGGCCAGUAGAGCCGCUGGCCCGGGUGUCCACAGCAGGCUCUGAGGGAGGCCGCCCCGAGCAGCCCUUCAUAGUGCUGAGCCAGGAGGAGUAUGGGGAGCACCAUUCAUCCAUCAUGCACUGCAGAGUGGACUGCUCUGGUAGGAGAGUCGCCAGCUUAGAUGUAGAUGGGGUCAUCAAAGUGUGGUCCUUCAACCCCAUCAUGCAGACCAAAGCAUCCUCCAUUUCUAAGUCACCGCUGCUCUCUCUGGAGUGGGCCACCAAGCGAGACAGGCUGCUCCUGCUGGGCAGUGGUGUGGGGACGGUGCGUCUUUAUGAUACAGAAGCCAAGAAGAACCUCUGUGAAAUCAACAUCAAUGACGACAUGCCCAGAAUCCUGUCUCUUGCCUGCAGCCCCAAUGGGGCUUCUUUCGUCUGUUCAGCUGCAGCUCCAAGCCUCACCUCCCAGGCAGACUCCUCGGCCCUGGAUAUUGGCAGCAAAGGCAUGAACCAGGUUCCUGGCAAGCUGCUGCUGUGGGACACAAAAACCAUGAAGCAGCAGCUUCAGUUCUCACUGGACCCAGAGCCCAUCGCCAUCAACUGCACAGCUUUCAACCACAAUGGGAACCUGCUGGUCACAGGGGCAGCCGAUGGUGUCAUCCGGCUCUUUGACAUGCAGCAGAACGAGUGUGCCAUGAGCUGGAAGGCCCACUCCGGGGAGGUCUACUCUGUGGAAUUCAGCUGUGACGAGAAUGCCGUGUACAGCAUCGGUGAGGACGGCAAGUUCAUCCAGUGGAACAUCCACAAGAGUGGCCUCAAGGUGUCCGAGUACAACCUCCCUUCAGAUGCCACUGGCCCCUUUGUCCUGUCUGGCUACAGUGGCUACAAGCAGGUUCAAGUUCCCAGGGGCCGACUCUUCGCUUUCGACUCAGAGGGCAAUUACAUGCUGACAUGCUCUGCCACGGGAGGCACCAUCUACAAGCUGGGCAGUGAUGAGAAAGUUCUCGAGAGCUGCUUGAGUCUGGGUGGCCACCGGGCCCCUGUGGUCACAGUGGACUGGAGUACGGCCAUGGACUGUGGGACGUGCCUCACAGCCUCCAUGGAUGGCAAGAUCAAGCUGACUACCCUCCUAGCCCACAAGCUCUGACGUCCUUCCUGGAGCGACACACUGGAAACAGGAUUGUCCCCGGUGGAGGAGAGAGGAGACAGAAUGGGACACUGCUUCUGGCUCCACGCUGCCAGGGCUGUGGAUCUUCGGGGAAAGACUGCAGAGGGGGCCCAGCCAUCCAGCUGCCGCUGCUGUGGAGUAGGAGUCUGGAGCAGGCUGCGUGUGCUUCCUAGAGACUUGAAUGGUGGCUGGAGCAGGG